UUCAUGGGAUUCCCUAUUUUGCCGGUCGGUUUUGAUAAGUUCUCGAUUCGGUUAGUAGUAGCAUUGUCGUCGUUUAUUACACCAUAUAAACAACGGUACGCGCCAGAUCUGCGGUAGCUGGAGGCGAAACGAUUUCUCCGGUUUUUUAUUUCCGCGCGGGAUUCCUCUCGUGACAGGAGUUUCUUCAAUUCGAUCUAGCCAAACGAGUUUCUCUGUUAGCAGGCAUAGUGCUGUUUUAAGUGAAGCUUUUUUGUUGGUGUUUAAAUUAUCGUUUAUAUACUACGGUUGAUGCGAGUUGAAUGGUGUCAGUUCGCGUUUGAAAUCUGUGUGGAAUAAUUAGUGGAUUAAAAGUGUUUAUAGGAGAAAAAAAAUAUCAAAAAUGUGGUACUCACAGUUCUAUGCAGUUAUUAUCCUGGGGUCUUUUAGUGUUUUUUCAGUUUACGGAUGGGAUGAACCAACUUUGAUGCUUCCUAAUGAACGCUCUACUUUGGAUGAUUGCCACUUGCGUUUCCACAAACUGUCACGGUACGGAUUGGCCUCAUCUGCCUUCGGUCGCCCCGCUCGUUCGAGGGAGUUCGCCCAUAUGGGAGCUAUAGGUUGGACCAAAGAAGACGGGACCAUCGCAUGGAAAUGUGUCGGAACAUUAAUUUGGCCAAACUUCGUUCUCACGGCUGCACACUGCACCCUCGAUAAUGGGAAUCAAGAACCUGAUGUUGUCCGAUUUGGGGAUUUGAACAUGGCAACCACCGAACAUGAUAAAGAUGCACAGCAGUUGAAUAUUACCGCUAUUUUGAAACACCCACAGUAUUCUCCGAAAGAAAAAUACCACGACAUCGCUCUGCUAGAGUUGGAGCAGAAUGUCACACUGAGCGACUAUGUUGUUCCAGCGUGCCUUUGGAUAGAUGAAGAAAUGCGGUUCAAAAUAUUGGAAGCCGGAUAUAUCAAAGAUGAAAUGCUACUGAAGGAAUCAUUCAAACCUAUUGGCAAUGAGGAAUGUAGCAAAGUGAGUCCAAGUGUGGAAGAUGGUAAGCUCAAAAUUUGCGCCGCCAACGAAACGAUGAACCCUUGUGAAUAUGAGACCGGAGGCCCUCUUCAAAUCAAAUUGAUGAACAACGCCAGAAUGACACCUUUUGUUGUUGCUAUAAAUUCGUACGGAGCGGCUUGUGGGAAGAAUGGCCCGGGCGUUCAUACCAGGGUAGCCCCGUAUCGUGAAUGGAUAGUCGAGACUCUUCAGAAGAACGGAGCAAUGGUUCCAAAUGACGUCUAUAAUGAAACAUUUUGUGCGUUGCGAUACGCAUCUUAUCGAGAAUUUGAGGACGCAUCGAUUAUGAGUCGGAGCCCUGAUUUUGUGACAAUAGUUAAUGGCAGGAAUAAUGUGGGUGUAUCCACGAAACUGCCAACGUAUAUUGCGCAAUUAGCAACGGACGAAGGAGCAACCGAUUGUUAUGGUGUAUUGAUCGAUGAGAUGACUGUAGUGACUUUGGCACAGUGUGUUACGGAAGAUGGGAACCCAGUUUCUCAUAUCAAAUACCUAGGCAACAGAGUGAUGAACGUUUCGGAGAUUCAUGUUCAUCCAAAGUAUGAGAAGGGAAAGAGCUUUAAUAACUUAGCUGUAUUACGAUUGCAACAUUUGCUAGAGAUUGAAGACAUCGAUCCUGCAUGUAUAUGGCAUGAGGAACAUCAUCCAUCGCAUGAGGUUUAUGUUCAUGGUUCUGGUCGAACUGACAUCAAUUCCAUAAUCUGGACAGAUAGAAGCAUACAAGCAAUAGAUCCUACGGUCUCGUUUCUGUCUGUGCGGGUUCGUUUUCAGAACACUUCAACAUGUACCAUUCCCAAACAGUAUCUUCCGUUACUUCACGAUGGAUUAACUAACGAAUUUAUUUGCAAUGGACAGGACUUAUUCCUCGUGCCGAAGUCGUGUGAUCUACUGACCGGUGGAGCAAUUGACGAAACAGUAUAUCUGGCCGGCAAUAACUAUCCCAUGGUCUACGGGCUAAAUUAUCUCGGCAGAGACUGCGGUUUCGGGGAGCACUCUAUUGGGAUUUCCAUAACAAGCCACAUCGAGUGGUUGAAGACGGUGCUUAUCACGAACAAUCGAAAACUUCAAUCCAGCGCGAUCCAGUUUGUCGAUUCGGAUUUACGCGAGGGAGAGAGUUGUGAGAAACAAGAUGGACGCGUUGGUCAAUGUGUUUCGGUUGAUAACUGUUCGAGGGCAUGGAAACACUUCCUAUCGAAGCAAACUAUUGAGUUGUGUGCUACAAGCUCUUUAGUUUGCUGUCCUCUGGAUGAUAUUGAGGAUACCGAGAAAACCGAAGUCCGUCUGCCGGAUGAUGGGUGCUCGAGCUUGGUGAAGAAUCUGAACAGAACAUCGUUCGUAGGAUCUCUGGUUUUUAUUGCAUUCGCAUCGAAUGUCGAAGAGUUCAGAUGUCUUGGUACAAUCAUAACGGAAAAAGUCAUCCUUACCUCAGCCAGCUGCAUUGGAGAUGAGGAACCGGCCGCUGUCAAGCUGAUGGCAAACACUACACAAAAGAUGUUCCGAGUGGAAGCAAUGCUUGUUCACCAAGCCUACAAUGCCACCGACGGCACUAACGAUAUUGCAAUGAUUCGACUGGAGGAUACGCUUGUCUGGAGCUCUGAAUUAUUUCCAGCCUGUCUUUGGAUCAAUACGACGCAUGUUCCACUGGUUUUGUCGAUGGUUUCUCCGGUUACCCAGGAAUCCCAGCAUGGUUCGAGUACUGCCGUUCGAUCUGUUGACGUAAUAAAAGAGUUCGGAAGAGCGCUGAGUGCUAAGGUAUUGGCAAUGUAUAAUUCCGAUUGUCAGCGGUCCCAUCCAUAUGAGAUUCAAGAAACUCAACUUUGCGCGAGGAAUCCAUUUGAGAAUUUUACGUGUAACACACUAAGUGACCAUCUACGAUAUGAUGAUUCAAACGGCUUUUCUUAUAUUGUGGGUUUAGCUGCAGAUCUUGUUUCCUGCAAACAGUCACGUUACACAGUGUUUACUAGAAUUUCUGAGUAUAUUCAUUGGAUUAGAACGAAUAUGUAACAUGGAUUAAUAAAUGCUGUCAUGUAUAUUUCUUGUUUUUUGACAUAA